UCAGUAAGUUUGCAGGAAUCAUUUCUCAGCAUCUUGGACAAAUCUUUAAACCAGGCAAAUUUGCAGAUGCUUAUACAGGAAAUGAAAGGGCCGUUCUCCGCAAAGUAAAGGAGAUCUGAGGGGAAAAUUUAGAAAAUUCUUAUCCAGAGAAAGAGGAGUGAUAAUAAUGAAGUCUGGGUUCUGACUGCUGUGUGAAACAGUUAAAGUCAUAGGAGCAAAAAUCGUAUGCAUUUCAAUUGAGUUACUUGAUUUUCCAUAUAUAUAUUUUUAAUCUGUAUUCAUUUAUGCUUUUUUAAAUUUAGAAUUAAUUAUCCAUUUUUUUCUCUUCCCCAGAUUGGAUGGAGUUCAGAAGGAAUUUAACCAUGAGAAAUCAUACAAUGGUGAUAACAUUUAUUCUUCAAGGUCUGACUGAUGAUCCAAAUUGGCAAAUAGUGAUUUUCCUUUUUCUAUUUCUAACAUAUUUAUUGAGUGUCAUUGGAAAUCUGACCAUUAUCCUGCUCACUCUACUGGAUUCCCACCUCAAAACACCUAUGUAUUUCUUCCUUAGGAAUUUUUCAUUCUUAGAAAUCUCAAUGACUUCAGUCUGUAUACCUAGACAUCUGUUCAGCAUAAUGACUAUGGAUAAAACGAUUUCCUAUGAUGCUUGUGUGACACAAUUAUUUUUUGCCAUCUUCUUGGGCGCAUCAGAGUUUUUCCUGUUGGCAGCCAUGUCCUAUGACCGCUAUGUGGCCAUCUGCCAACCCCUUCACUAUGCAACAAUCAUGAGCAGCAGAGUCUGCACCCGGCUGGUCGUUACCUCCUGGGUGGCUGGGUUGUUAACAAUCUCUCCUGCGCUCAUUAUGGGCCUAGGAUUGGAGUUCUGUGAUGCCAAUGUUAUUGACCACUUUUUGUGUGACUACGCUCCUGUCCUGAAACUCUCCUGCACUGACACACGGGUCAUUGAAUUGCUAAGUUUUAUCUUAGCAAUUUUCACACUGCUGAUUACAUUUGCUCUGGUGAUACUCUCCUAUGCAAAUAUUGUAAGAACUAUUCUGAAGAUCCCUUCUGCCCAGCAGAGGAAGAAGGCUUUUUCCACCUGCUCCUCGCAUAUGAUUGUUGUCUCUAUCUCUUAUGGCAGCUGCAUUUUUAUGUAUAUAAAACCUUCUGCAGAGGACAGGGUAGCUUUAAACAAGGGAGUAGCCGUGCUCAACACUUCAGUUGCCCCUGUCCUAAAUCCUUUUAUAUACACCCUAAGAAACAAACAAGCAAAACAAGCCUUGAGGGACAUCAUUAAAAAAUGCAUCUUUAUUAUCUCAAAAUAGAAUCUUUGACUUUUAUAAAACCUUUUUUAGAAUAAAAAUAGCUUGCAAUAGCUAACCAAAACCAAACCAAAUCUGUUGCCUUAGGGUUGACUCAGACUCAUGGUGACCCUAUAGGAUAGAGUAGAACUGGCCUAUAGGGUUUCUAAGGAGUGGCUGGUAGAUUA